UGGUCUAGCAGUAAUUGGUAGUGGACUUGACUGAUGUCAUCAUCGUUAUUUCCUAAUAGUUUGUACUGUGGUAAAUGUUUAUUUAAUUAUAAAGUGCAGACAUUGGCAUAAGAUUCCAAUCUAUCUGUAUUCCUAAUUAGUGAUUUCUAUCCAAGUGCGCAGUUGUUCAAGGACAUGCGGUACAAGAUUCGUCAAUGAACACUGUGUUUAAGAUAUAGUGAGAAAGAUUUAGCAGUACCAUGUCAGGUACGGAGCAAAAUAUAGUGAACUCAAUGCAACAAUUGUCUGUUCAGCCAAGUCAUAGUGGUCAUACUGAGAAACCCACGCAGGUGGUUACUCCCGCAGUGAACAGAAGUCAGCUGUCUUCAACGCCGAAGGUUACGCCCGUAAAAUCGAACAUAGUGUCCCCAGCUAUUGCUACAAUCGACAGACUCCUGAGCCUGGGAGGAAACACCCCCCCGCCCCCGCCAGUCCUCACCCGCACGUCAGACAUGGACCCCCACACGGUGGAACAGCUGCGGGCCGUCAAGGAACUGCUCACAGCUCAAGAGGAAGAAGCGCAGAACCUCAGAGAUCUCAAUCGGGAAUUAAGAGAUCGUCUCGAGGAGUGUGAGACUAAAGUCAAAAAGCUCUCAGAACAAAAUGAGGAAUAUGCUGAAAAAGAAAAGGCUCUCUCGCAGCGCGUUGCAGAAAAAGUUAAAAAUAACAAACAGAUGAGUGUAGUCAUGGAGGAAUAUGAAAGAACUAUCUCAUCCCUUAUAGGGGAACGUGAAGCUGAAGCCAAGAGAUGGGCAGAGGAACGAGUUACACUAGUCCGGGAAAGAGAUGAAGCUGCAUCACAUCUGGCAUCCAUGGAACAUGCCUUCAAUGAUGUUCACACAAAGUAUGAAAGAUGUAAGGUCAUCAUACAAGGCUACAAAGGCAAUGAAGAGGCCCUAAAAAGGUCCGUAGAGGAAAACAAUGAUGCAAUACAGAAAUUAGAAGCCAGGUAUGAGACUUUGCGUCAACAUGCCAUGCAGCAGUUAAACAAGGCUAAUGCUGAGCUUGACUCGGUCAAAAAGUCUCACCAGGCUGAGAUAUUGAAGCUGAAUGCCAUGUUGAAGAAGAGUGAAGUACACGCGUCCUCCCUGCAGGAGUCCCUCGCGCAGAAGAUCAAGGACAAUGAGGAGUUGACGGCCAUCUGUGAUGAACUCAUCAACAAGGUCGGGUAAACACUUAAUCUAAAUACUUACUAAUCUUAAGUAAGCCACAUUUUCAUUUCACUAACCUGCAUUUAAUAUAUGUGCAUUUUAAACAAAUGCUUAAGGAAAUUAAUUGUAAUAAUUAAGUAAAUGCUUAACUAUAACUUUAAUAUGCGCCAGUGCUGUUACCAUAUCUUCAUUGCGUGUAAAUUGUAAAUAAUUCCCUGCAAUUAAUUGAAGUAAUGUCCCUUUAUAUUUUUGUACAUUAUUUUAUAAUUUUAUACUUAAGUUUUAAUUUUUUUUGACAUGUAAUAUAAAUUUCAUAAAUUCAUUUAAUUUUCGAAGCCUACUUUAUAAUUUUGUAAUUCAGUAUUGUGUUUGUAUUUCCUGUAAUUUAUUAACUUAAGUAAUGUAACUGGUAAUCUGAUGAGACUUAUUAUUUUAUGUUCUGGUUAUUUUGAUAUAACUGCAGUUGUAAAAUAGUUUAUCCAAAGAUAAAGAAAAAGUGGUAAAGGUUUGGUAAAAAACAAGAUUGAUUAUUUUGUAGUAACAUAACAUUUAUACCUGCCAUAUUUUAUUUGAAUGUUGUUUAUAUUAGUAUUAUCUUAUAUAAUGAAGUAUACUUUCUGCCCUGCUUAUUGUAUGUGCAGUACAUGAACUUAUUCAAAGAGAACAAGAUAAACAAUUGCAUGACUUUCCAACUGCGAUUACUGCAUAUGUUGUUAGCAUAGCAGCAUUAUUGUAUCCAUAAUAAUGUAGAGUUAUAUUAAACAUCGAAAGACUAACUCAAUUGGCUAUACCAUAUUAAAUAUAUUAAGAACGGGUCACUCACGCAUUUUAAGUCGAAAAACGCUCGGAGUCAUCGGGCGCGGAGAGCUGCGGCCCGCAGUCUGCGCCGGUCUGUCACCGUAAACGCAAGCUCCUGAUGACACUCCUCGGUACGGAGUGAAACAUGUCGAGCGUUUUUCGACUUAAAAUACGUGAGUGACCCGUUCUUAAUAUAUUUAAUAUGUCUGUGUCUCACGGAAGUUUUGUUAUUAAAAUGGCUAUACCAUGCCAGCAAUCAGGAGCUCUGAAAGGCAUAUAGUUGCUUGUCUAGUCUAUUAAUAGAGCAUAUAAUAGAUUCAAGCUAUAGGUACAUAGCUUACAUGUUUUUAUGCCUCUUUUUGCAUCAGUAAUAAGGGAACUUGAUUGAAGACUCUUUUGUAAUUUGUGCUUAAUAGUGAAUUAUAAAAUCACCCAAAUAUAGCCGAUAAACUCCCAACUAUGUUCCAAAAUUAUUCAAAUAUCAGGUGUGACUCAUCUGAACUUCAUCUGAAUGUCAUAGUUAUAUGGCAAAAUAUUAUGUUUAUAAAUUAAUUUAAAAACUGACAGAACUAAAAAGAAUAUUGGUAUUUAAACUUAAUUACGUAUUCAGCUUGAGGAACCAUAGUUGUAGUACUGGUAUACAGGUGUCCCAAGACUAUGGGACACCAAGGUAAAGUACCUUAAUAUCGCAGUUAGGAUAUUUUGCUGAAAGAAGACAUUAUUUUAAUUUAAAAAACAAUUUAAACUGCAUUGAUAGAUUUUUAAAUAAUUACAUGUUUGAACCGGGAAUCAAACCCGUUACACGAGAAAAAAAUCAACCUGUAGUUUUAUCAUACCGAUCGAAAGGCUACAUCAUAAGGAUUAUUAUUUCAACCAUGUAAUUAUUUAAAAAUCUAUGAAUGCAGUUUAAAUUGUUAUUUAAAUUAAAAUAAUGUCUUCUUUCAGCAAAAUAUCCUAUCUACGAUAUUUAAGGUAUUUUCCCUACAUGUCCCUUGGUCUUGGGACGCCCUGUAUAGUUGGAUAAUUUUACAGUAAUAAUUAAGGAUUUGAAAUGGUAAAGUUAGUGUAAUGUGCAAUACUCCUACAAGGAUAACAAAUGAGGCGAUACGGAACUCAUUAUGAUUGUCAAAAGAUAACUAUGUAUAAUUAAAAAUUAGUUGAAUUAGGCCUAGUAGUAGGGUUUAUAACCCACUUCCUACCUAGGUUUAAUACUUGAUACACUUUGUACAUGCAUUUCAACUAUUUAUGAAUAUUUCUUGUAUAGUUUACGCCAUAAGUUAUUUAUUUAUUUACAGGAAGCUGAUUAAAUGUACAUUGUGCCUUUGAAAAUCUUCUCCACAUCCGGUCCAUUAUGAAAAAUAUUAAUGAGAUUCAUAACAUGAUAAGUAGUGUGUAACUUGUAUAUUUAAUGUCUUUAGAAGCUCUUUGUUUACCCAAGAGUGGGGUAGGAGCGGUUGCGUUGUUUUAUCUCAUUGUGAUAUUCUCUGAGAAUAGGGGCAUUAGUUCAUAUUGCAUUGUGUGCAGUGGCUAAUUAUAAUAUGAGAUAAAGCCAUAUUAAUUGACAUAUUUCCUAACUUAAUAUCGCUUCACAACAGUUACGUAGCGUACUGCGCGUGAAGCGUAGUAUAGCGCGUCUUGUAAUGUAAGGAACGCCACACGCAAGCGGUGUGACAUCGUUUAUGAACAUCCAUACAUUACAACGCAAGUGCAGGUCCAGUCGUGCUCGGUACUCACAAAUAUCUGAGCACAAUGCUAUUAUCAAGCUUUUGAGUUCAUGUUCAGAUAUUUUGGUUCAAGUCCUGUAUGCAAAUAUUUUUUUAUGGCAACUGUCCCUUUUCCCAAGAAUAACACAAGUUGUAAGAAUAGUUAAGGGUUUUUGAAACCUAUUUAUGUCAAGUAUUUAAAGUUUGGGCUCCUAUGUAAGCCAACAGCACUAUAUCACACAUACUGUGAAAUACAUACAAAACUUAAAAAAAAAAUCGAAUGCUGUUUUAAAUAACAGAUGUGAUAGUAUUAAAAUUUAACUCAUUACUAACUUAAAACAUGUACGACAUUCCAGUGUUUUAAGAUUGGGAUAACUAUCAUAACUAUAACUAAAACUCAUUAGUCGUACCCAUAUCUAUCGUCAUAUUUUCUAUUUUGUAUUACUUAUUAUCGACUAUCCAAGUAAUUAUUCGCAAAGAAGGGUGAGGGAGCACGUCCUUUAAAUACCUAUAGGUACCUACACAUUUACAGCGGGCCUAUAAAGUUAUAAACACACGGAACACACCUUACACCUUAUAAAACAAAGUCCCCCGCCGCAUAUGUCUGUUUUUUAUGUUCGCGAUAAACUCAAAAACUACUGAACGGAUUUUCAUGCGGUUUUCACCUACCAAUAGAGUGAUUCUUGAGGAAGCUUUAGGGUUUGGCGUCCCCCCUUGGACGGCGCCCGGGGCACGUGCACCCCCCCCCCCCCCCUAGUUACGUCACUGACUGCAAUCUAUGUGAAUUUAAUAGUUCUUAUGCAACUUGUGCAAUAAGAUUAUACUCUUUAGUGUUAAUUUACUACGUACAUGCUCCAUAUACCUGAUUUAUCCUAUUUCAAUGAAUACAAGUAAAAUUUUGAAAAACGAUCACUUACCCAACUACGGUUUAUCUCGUUUAGAACCUCAUACUUUAUGUAACCGGUUAAAAAAGUUGCUGAUGUAAUCCAACCACAAACAAGCAAAACCUCCCCCUCUUUUAAUGUCGGUUAAAAACGUAGCCACGUCAGGGUCAGGGUCAUAAAUCCGAAUGGAUUGACUAAUCCACCGAAUUCGGGUCGGUUGUGACGUUAGGGUGGAACACACGACACCAACAUACAUACAGUCAGUGUUGGCCGUACGCUAAUUAAUUGCAAUUAAUAUAAAUUAAACCGUAACGGACGGUUACAGUUUACGGUUCAAUUUAUAACGGUUAAUUACAUUAACGUUUCGGCCAAGACUGCAUACAUUUAUAGACAGCCAAAAUCAACUAUUUCCGUAGAUGGGUAAAAGUAAACAUUUCCUUGAAUGUCAUACCCAUACCCACUUAUAAAUUGUAACCCUUCCUGCUUCAGCCAUUGCUCCAAAGUGGCGAGUUGUGGAUAACUACAUUUUGCCUAGUUAAGUAUAAUUUUGUAAUCAUUAUAUAUUUUUAUAAUACCUAUGCGUAAUUUAUCAUAUUAGGUUACUUGCAAUUUAUUCAUAUGAAUAGAACGAAAUAAAUCAAUUCCAUAUUUGUAA